AUGGCAAACAGAACCGACAGACUCAAAUUCUUAAAGCUGCUGCUACUCCUUAGUGCAGUGUUCCUCAACAGUGAAGCGGCGCCUAUUGAUGCCGAAAGCCAUGCGGCGACAGAUCAACCUAACGUUGAGUCCCGUGCUCAAAAACAGGAUCAGGAUAUUUUAGAUCUCGAUGAAGACUUGGAUGGACGUAGCGCAUAUGUCAACAAUCAGUUUGUGCCCAGUGAUCCUGUUGACUUGUUAGACGAUGAGCAGAAUACGCCGCUCUAUGAAAUACUGCAAAAGCAAAUGGAGCAAGUGCUGGCGUCAACUGGACCCGAUGUGCCCAUCUAUGAGGAUGAGAAGACGAAGCGACAGCGCGUUCAACAGCCGCCCAACAAGCCAAUCUUUACCACAAGCAAUGCUGCCGAUGCGGAUGAGGAUUACGUAGACGAGAUUGCGCCAGAGCUGGAGGAGGGUCUGGGCAAUGUAGACAAGCCAGAUGCAGCAGCAGCUGGCGAGGAGCUGCCCGAUGUUGGCUAUCAGGCACCACUGCUCCCCAGCCCUAGCACCACCAUACGUAUUCGUCCUCAACGCAGACGUACCACCACACAGAUGCCAAGAACAACACGCUCCAAGGCAAGCCAGCAAACAAAAUUGACAACCACAACGCCGGCGAAUCAAACAGAGCUACCCUCAACGACGACAGCAGCGCCAGUUGCAUCCAACAAGCCUCGACCACAAGCGAAGCCCAAUCUCAGCUCUAGCAACAUGUUGCCACAUGAUCCACAAAUCUACCAGCACAAGCGUCGCAUCAUCUUCAAAACGAUCUCAACCGGCUCGCAGUUCGUCAACUCGCCCAUUGGUGAUCUUAUGAUCAAGUUCUCCAUAGGCUUCGCCAAGCCAGCGCCGGGCAUGGCUCCGCCCUCGAACGAGGCGCUGCGUGCACUUUCUCAAAACUUAUUGCGCAGCAUAGAGAUGCAAAAGCUGAGGAGGAUCAAUAAAACUCAAAGGCAUUAAUAAAUGAUUCUAUAUUAGUCACAUCAAC